AAAACAAAAAGCUUCACGGUCCACAACACGAGCCUCCCUCUCCCUCUCUCUCUGGGAAUCUCUUAUAAACCCUUAAACUCUGUCUCUUCUUCUUCAAAAGCUUAUCUCUUUCCCUCACUCGAAACACCCCUGCAAAAAAAGGCUCCACCUUUAAAGAAUAAAUGGCGUUCGACUUGCCAAACGACUUCCGUUGCCCGAUCUCCCUCGAGAUCAUGUCCGACCCGGUCAUCAUCCAAUCGGGUCACACCUUCGACCGGGUCUCCAUCCAAAAGUGGAUUGAUUCCGGCAAUCGGACAUGCCCAAUCACCAAGCUCCCCUUGUCUGAAAACCCUUCCCUGAUUCCCAACCACGCCCUCAGGAGCUUAAUCUCCAACUUCGCUCAUGUCUCCCCUAAGCAGCAUCAAGAUCAUCACUCCCAAUCCCACUCCUUAAUCUCCGCUCUCGUCUCCCGAUCCUCUUCCCACGAGUCGCGUCUCGAGUCGCUGACCCGACUCGUCCGCCUCACGAAGCGAGACUCCUCCGUGCGGAGGAAGGUCACCGAGUCGGGAGCGGUCCGCGCGGUUCUCGACUGUGUUGACUCGGGGGACAUGGUCUUGCAGGAAAAGUCUCUGUCUUUGCUUCUCAAUCUCAGUCUGGAAGACGAUAACAAAGUGGGUCUGGUCGCCGACGGCGUGGUGAGACGCGUCGUGGCGGUUUUGCGGGUCGGGUCGCCCGACUGCAAAGCGGUCGCAGCGACUCUGCUGACUAGUUUGGCCGUCGUGGAGGUGAACAAAGCGACUAUCGGGUCGUACCCUGAUGCGAUCUCUGCUCUUGUCUCUCUUCUGAGGGACGGGAACGAGCGGGAGAGGAAGGAGUCGGCGACGGCUCUUUACGCUCUCUGUUCGUUUCCGGAUAAUAGGAAACGGGUUGUGGAUUGCGGGUCGGUGGGGAUACUGGUUGAGGCGGCGGAUUCGGGGCUGGAGAGAGCGGUGGAGGUGUUGGGGCUUUUGGUCAAGUGUAGAGGUGGGAGAGAGGAGAUGAGUAGAGUGAGUGGGUUUGUUGAGGUGUUGGUUAACGUUUUGAGGAAUGGGAGUUUGAAAGGGAUUCAGUAUUCUCUGUUUAUCCUCAACUGCUUGUGUUGUUGUAGCAGAGAGAUCGUUGAUGAGGUUAAGAGAGAAGGUGUGGUUGAGAUAUGCUUUGGUUUGGAGGAUAAUGAGAGUGAGAAAAUCAGGAGGAAUGCUACUAACUUGGUUCAUACUCUACUUGGGAAUCCAAUGGAUUCUUGACUUUUGGGAGUGUGGAAAAUGUUUAAAGGAUCAGGUCUUCGAUCGUCGGUGGUGGUUUUGGGGAUUAAAGUUGUGUUGUUUUGUUUGUCUGGUCUGGUCUGAAUAUGGAGUUAAGAUGGGAGGUUUUUGCUGUGCUGGAUUCUCCUCUUGUAGUUCAUGUACAAAUGAAAGGAAGAACAAAACAAAAGGCUUAGGUUUUCAACAAAGCAAAAUGCAAAUGCUUUCUUAAGGUUUUCGUUUUAUGUACAUUCAAAGAAAUAAAAGGAUCAUACAGUUAAGUUAUUUUCAAGAAAAUUGUAAUCUUUUACCAUUUUCAUAGCGUUUAGUGUCUUCUCUGUUGCCAACCAUUAGUUGUUGUAACUAUUCUUUCUUACUUACAUAAACGUUUAAUGUUUUGAUCA